CGAGAGCUCAGGCUCCAUCAGUGUUAGAGACGCCCGCGUUCCGAAUGGCGCAGCAGAGGUGUUUUCGUCUGAUGAUGAAGAUUUUAAGAAGCUAUGGGAAGAGGCUACUGCGAGGAAGCAAAAGAUGACGAAAACUAUCGUGCGGAAGAGGACACUCCAUCAGGGGAGUUUAGACAUGGUAGGCCCAGGGGUCACCACUGUUAGUCGAGCGCCGAGCAGGCUUAAGCGCAGGAAGUCAAGGUUCCAUCUCAAGCCAAACCACGAUGCCGAUUAUGUCACCGCAGUAUUUGAUCUACCUGACGUACGCAAGGAGGAUAUACACGUUGCAUAUCAAUUUGAUCGAUUAACGAUCACAUGGGAGUCUACCUCUGUUUUUGAGCGACAGGAGCGAGACGGGACGCUCGUACGGGAGAGGAAGGAGAGGAAAUACGCUAGGACCUUGCCUCUGCCGCCAGGGACUCCGUUCUCCGACGUCCACGCUUACCUGGAGGAUGGUCAACUGUCAGUAACAUACCCAAAAUUCCCCGCCACACCGUUGUCGCACCUUCCAUUACGCCCAGUAUCAUUGAUUCAAUGACUCGUAACGCUUCUACCCGUUAUUCUGUCAUCGGUUUUCGUGCGCUAUAUGGUCGAAACAUACCCUUCUCCUAGAAUCAACGCUGCUUCGAGUGAUGUGUUUCCGGGACAGGGCGAACCCCAUACAUAAUUCUCUGGCCUAAGACCCUUGUGAUCCUUGGGGAGUUUGGGCCCGUCCAACUAGCAAAUGUGAUACAUUAACACUAUAGCCUUUACCACUGGCAUUGAUCACUCCCCCCCAACAAUCCAUCCACUCACUCACUCGUUUGUUU